AUCGAGGAGUAAUUCCAGAUUUGCGCGAUGGCCGACCGCCGGCAAGACUCGUCAGCUCAGCCCGAGCACGAGCUCAUCUCCUUAAAAAUGUCGCCGUAUUCGCUCACGGCUCGAUGGGCACUACGCCAUUGCGGCGUGCCAUUUACAGUCACUCCGUACGAACCCGUCGUGGGCGAGCUCGGCUUGCGCCUUCGCUUGUGGCGGUACACGAGCCGCCCGCGCGACGUCAAGAAAGUCACUGUUCCCAUUCUGUUGGUCCGCAACGCCGCGACGAAGCAACAUGUGGCGCUUCGAAGCACGCUUGAGAUCGCAACCUACGCGCACACGUUAAGCGAGAUCCACCAACAUUUCUUUCACGACGCCAACAGUGUCAACGCCUGGGACGCACGGUACCAACGCAUGCUGGCGUACGUUCGCGGUCAGCUCAUGUCUGAUGUUCGGGCAAACUCGGACUUGACGAUGGAGUAUGCACCGCCUUUCCUUCGAAAGCACAUGCCGACGCUGGCGCGUUGGUUUGCAACGAUCGGCGUCGGUGUCUUCACGAGGAAGUACGCGGUUGAAUCGGCAGCCACGAGCAUCGACCACAUUCGAGAGACACUGGCCUUGAUGCAAUCGAUUUUGUCCACGCAGCGGUACCUCGUGGGGGACGAGUUUACGUACGCAGACUUGGCGAUGGCAGUUGCGAUCGACCACAUUGCGCCUGGCCCCCACAGCACCAUCCACGGCAAACGAAAGGACUUGAUGCUGAAGCGCAACAUCACAACUGGGUUCGAAGACGUUGUCGCGUGGAAGGAUCGCAUUUACGACCAGUUCUACGGCACAGACGAAAAGCACAGCUAACCAUUCGAUGGAUUACAAGGGGUCGACGUGGCAGCUGACCAUGUAUAAAAAAAUUGAAUCGAAGUGCAUUUCAUGGUGUAUCGACCUGCACGA